CAUAUCUAGCGGUGGUGUAGCGGCGGCAAGGAGCUGAUUCAGAACUUUUGGGACUAAAUGGCUACCACAAAGCAGUAAAACAGGAGGCGGGAGGAUGUCUGUGGAGGUGGACGUGAUGCUGCAGGAGGCGAAAGAAAGCAUCGAGGCGGCCCAGAACUACCGCAGUGAACUCCAGCAGCGCCUGCAGGGCCUCAACCAGGCCCGCAAACAGGUCCGGGGCAGCUCGGGUCAGGCACGCGAGGCCCUCCGGCGCCACUUCACUGAGCUGCAGGCGGCAACGAGUCAGUUGCUGACGGAGCGAUUGGCCGCCCUGCUGGCCGAGGUGGACGCCAUUGAGGCGGACAGCGUCAAACCUCUAGAUGACUGCCAGAGCCUCAUUGAGCACGGGGUGGGCCAGGCCGACGAGCUGCUCAGAGAAGGGGAAGCAGCUCUGCGUUGUGGUCUCGGGGAGAAGGAGGACAAACUGGGCAGUUUCACCAAGAAGGCCAUGCACAUCCAGCUGGACAGCCUCCCAGAGGUACCAGCGUUGGUGGACGUGCCGUGUGUUUCCGCCCAGCUGGACGACUCCCUGCUGGGUCUGCUGAGGGAACGGGUGACCCGCCUUGGCUCCGUCUCCUCCCACCCGCCCGUACAGAUAGAAGAGCUGCAGGAGAGACCGGGUGGCACCCUGGUUCGCUGGUGUAAGGUGGAUGAGGACUUUGCAGCAGCGGAUUAUCGGCUGCAGUACCGGCGGUCUGGCAGCGGGGGGAGCCAGUACGAGGACGCCUAUAUCGGUCGGGACUGCGAGUUCCUGGUUCUCCACCUCGACCCUCACACUGAUUAUCUGUUCAGGGUCUGCGCCCGCGGGGAGGGUCGCACCGAGUGGAGCCCCUGGAGCAUCCCCCAGACGGGUUACACCACGCUCGCGCCGCACGAGUGGUGUCCAGGCACUGAGGGCUACAUCCUGAGCAGCAGGAGAAACAUCGCUCUACGCAGUGACUCCUCCCAGUCGCGCUGCCCCGUCCUCUACUCCAACGCACCCACCUACUUCUGUGGCCAGACGCUCACCUUCAAGAUGUCUGCAGCAGGUCCAAUGGAUCGGAGGGACAGUCUGGGUGUGUGCGUGGACAGCGGGAGGGGGGAAGAGUCCCUUCAGAGAGACCAGGCCGUCUGCAUUUCCACCAACGGUGCUGUAUUCGUCAACGGUAAAGAGAUGACCAACCAGCUGCCGGCCAUCACCGUGGGCUCCGCUGUCACCUUCGACAUGGAAGUGGUGAACCUGUUUCCCAUCAGCAACAACAACCUGAGCGAGGGGGGCAACUUCAAGCUGAGGGUGACCAUCGGCUCAGGGAACCGGGAGGUGGUGUUUGAUUGGCUGGUGGACCAGGCGGUGGACUGCCUCUUCUUCGGCUGCUCUUUCGUCCACUCCGGCUGGAAAGUGCUGGUGUUUUAACGGAUCUUUUUUAAUCCGCUGGCGUCCGGGAGCUCGUCGCCGCGGGCUCGGUCAUCUCCAGUUUAAAUGUUUCUCUUCCGUUGUCCUACCUAAUAGGGUGCAGAGUCUGGAAACAAUCAGUCAUUUCAUCCCAGAAUUUCUUCAACAGCCGUUAAGUUCCAAAUUUGCAGCUACCAGGGACGUCCCAGGAAGGGCUUAGCCCCCAGGGUAUGCCUAACCCUCAGCCCGGUCUCAUGGCGGUUCGUGAUAUGGUAACGUUAUUGAAUCUAUUGAGUCGUGGACAGUGUUGCAG